AUGGCUAUGCAGAAUGAGCCAGAACUAAACUAUUUGGAACUGGUGCAACCAGAUACUAGUCUCAACUGGCCACAUCAAACUCCAGCUGGUAGUCAGUGGCCUAAAGAGAAAUUUCAAUGGCUGGUGACCCUCGCCCGAUUACAUCGCUAUGGCAUGGGCCUAAUAUUCCAAAUGGAUCUCGAGCUAGAUCACCAAGAAACCACACAGUAUAUGGUAAUUAUUAGAAGUUCUACAUUUGUAUUGGACCAGUAUUAUGUUCGGGAUGCAAAGGAUUGGUUACUUCGCCUCGGAUAUAACACAACUCGAACUGCGGCUUUGGUCAGAGAUAUGAACAACCUGCGUAAGAAACUUAUAAAAUUGCCUGAUUUUGAAAGACAUGAAAGAAGGCGAAUGACUUUGCAGGAACUAGAAAUUGACCAUGGAGUUCCCAUCAAAGAAUACCUAGAGGUCGUUUUUGAUCGUAAAUUUCCUUCCGAUUUCGUAGUGCUUAUAGACUAUUUGGAAAAUCUGAUAAAACUCAACCAACUGAUGAGUUCCUAUGACCAGGAGACUGUGGCUAUAUAUUUGAUGAAUCUCUUUGUCGAUUUUACAAAAGCAUCACGUUAUGUACACACCUAUAGGGAUUACGAUUUCGUGUGCGUCAAUAUGGUAAAAUACUUGAUGAAAUCUGCAAGCUACCUCCUGUAUGAAGAACAUGUUCUGGGUCCUAAAAAAGUCAAGGAAUACGAUGAGGAGGUCCAGAGAAAUCUCUUAAGUUCCAUUACCGUGAGUGUGGGUAAUGUGCAUAGGGCUCAGGGUUACCGUCGCUCUUUAACCGAGCUCUAUGCUGAUCUGAAUCUGCACGAUGAUUUUCCUUCUGUUCAUCUAAAGGCUUUGGAGAUACAUACCAAGCUUUGGAUGCAGAAAUUGGACAAUAAAGAGUUUACCGUACCGUAUCCCGGUAAUGAGGGAGUCGUUUUGAUGGGGACAUCCAUCGUUGUGCCAUUUUCGAUACUUGAGGAGCCCUUCUUUACGGCCCGUGGGCACGAUGUUUUCAAAGUUAGCCUGCUAGGUUACCAAAUCGCUGGACAGGUGCUAUCAGCUCUGUUUCCAUAUCCAAAGCUUCCGUUUACCGGUUGCCAUCAAUACAAUGAAUUAAUUGGAACAAUUGAUGACCUAGGAAGGAUGCCUACUUCUCGCAGGAAUCCGGAUUUGAACAAACGCAACCCAGCUUUACCAAAAUUCCUCUAA